AUGUUCGCCAGUCACGUCCGAUAUUUUUCCAGAUCUCUGCGAUUGCACGCCAUCAAAGUGCCUGACAACGCGCCUACACUCGAAGAAAACUCUGCGUGGCUCAAGAAACUGGCCAGGUCCUCGAUAAGUCCAAAACCUUCAAGCCACACAGAAUUGCCUAAAUCAACUUACGAGAUACGACAAGCUUCGGAGCUUGAGUCCGAAACGAACCCAGAAUUCAUCAAACUAAGGCUCCCUGGUGGAAAAUUCGUCAAUGUGGUGAAAAAAGCAGAUCCGCAUAGCCAACCAGGAACCUCAUUUUUUACGCUUUCUGUGCCCGCAUCCGACUAUUUCGUGGCAUCGUCGCCGUUUUCGAGAUUGCCAUCCAAUAAACGUCCCAAGGCCGACUCUUCGCAGUCCUUUGCAGAUCUGAAGGUCGUAAAGGUGAGGUCGGGAAAGGGUGGAAAUGGAGCAGUUUCGUUUUUUCGAGACACAGGCAUUGCCGUGGGGCCGCCUGACGGUGGAGAUGGUGGAGAUGGUGGCAAUAUCUAUGUGUCUGCAGUUGAGGGGCUGAGUUCACUUCACAGCAUCAAGGCCAAAUAUGUGGCAGGAGACGGCGGAAACGGCCAAAGUGGUCAACUGGAUGGGAAACGAGGAGAAAACGUGUAUAUACAGGUUCCUGUCGGGACAACCAUGAUGUGGUGUGCGGAUCCCAAGGAAAUCCGUUCAUUAAGAGAUUCAGAGAGCGAUCAGGUGUUCCAUGUGAAGGCAAGCGCAGGUUCCAGACGUGAUAGAGUUCCUAGAAAUAUUCAAUUUUUCAGAGACAGCUAUGAGCCGGGGAAAGGAUGGAUAUUCAAAGAAAAAGACGAACAGUAUCACAUGGAGCGCGACUUUUUCGUAGACCUCAAUGAGCGUGUCAAAUUAUAUGACGAAGAUCAAAGACACCAUGAGGUCAUGGACGACGUUUUUCCUAUCCAAGGCAUUGAUUUUGCAGAGCCAACCAAAGAGCCGGUUCUCGUUUUAAGAGGUGGUCGGGGAGGAAUGGGAAACAUGCAUUUCCUGACUUCCAACGUUCGCAAUCCGCGGUUUGCGAAAAUGGGGCGCUCAGGCUUGGAGCAGAAUUUCAUCUUUGAGCUCAAACUAUUGGCAGAUUUUGGACUGGUCGGACUGCCAAAUGCGGGCAAGUCCACGCUAUUGCGCGCGAUUUCCAACGCUCGGCCACGUGUGGGUCACUGGGAGUUCACCACGCUGCAACCUACAAUUGGAACGAUACAGCUGCGAAUUGAUCAGCCGCCCUUCACAGUGGCUGAUAUUCCUGGAGUGGUCAAGGGUGCCAGUGAGAAUAGAGGCAUGGGUCUAACUUUCUUGCGACACGUGGAGAGAUCGGGUGGUUUAGUUUUCGUGAUCUCUCUGGGCAGCGAGAACCCUGUGGAAGAUUUGAAAGUCCUGCUUCAGGAAAUGGGACCUCAACGAAUGGAAAACAAAAACGUACUAAUUGUCGCUACAAAAGCGGAUCUGGACGGAGCCGAAAGCCGGUUCUUGAAGCUCAAAGAGUUUGUGGAGCAACGCCAUUGGAAAAUUGUUCCCUGUUGUGCAAUGCGCAAGGAAAAUAUCGAGACAGUUUUGGAAAUGAUGGCAGAGUGUUCUGGAAAGGUGGAACCUUAG